CCUCCUCCGCCUCUGCUGUGGACUCCUGAUUUUAUCUACUGUCAUUGCUUCCUCCCUCUCUUUCUCUCUCUCUGACCUCCUCACAGCUCCACGCCGCUCCCCGCUUGCUCGGUCUCUCCAGAAGAUGCACAGCUGAGUUUUCCAGCCCAGCUCCAGGAGACUUUUCCCUGAGGCAACCUUAGGCAAAGAGGGGAGAAAGCACUGGCAGUGGAAUGAAAAAAGCCAAACGCGAGCCCAGCCGUCGCCAGCAACCCCUCGCUCUGAUGCUAAGCUUGCUGCCCUGAGAGGCCAGGCAGGGGAGAGAAGUUGUUUCUCAGAGAGAAAGGGGCCAGGGAAACAAAGAAAAACUUGACAGUAGCUUUGCUCGUGGCAUGUCCAGGGCCUGAAUCCCCUGCCCGUUAAAUGAAAGCACUUGAGGAGUCAAGUUUUCUGACUUGAGGGGAGAGGAAACAUGCUGAGCUGGGUAAGGGAGGAGAGGGGCAAGCUGUAGCCGUGUGGUGUGGUUUGCACUAAGGUCAGGCAGAGUCAGCCUGGGGGUGGGAGCGGAAGGAGAAAGGGGAUCUAAUGCCAGCUGCCAAUAUGACAGAGACCCUCCAGCUCCCGGCGCUGCAAGUCCCAGAGCAGCAGGUGGUGGAGUGCGGCCGCGCCUGGUCCAGUUCGUCCACCCCCACCCUGCGCCGGAGGCGCCUCAAGAUGAGGCGGAUGAAGAACGUGCAGGAGCAGAGCCUGGAGGCUGGCAGGUAUCAGGAUUCGCCUUCCCCCAGCAAAGAGUUUCUGCAGCUUCCCUCCAUCGAAAUCACCCCCUCGAGCGACGAGGACACCCCCUGGUCCAACUGCUCGACGCCCAGCGCCUCCCCACGCCGCAAGCGCUUCCUGCUCCGGAAGUGGCUGCGCGUAAGAGAGAAGAAGGAAACCAGUGAGAGCAGCAGCCAGCAGAGCAGCCAGCAAAGCAGCCACGAUGACGACUCGUCCCGGUUCCUGAGUCCCCGCAUGCGUGACGAGAGCACUGCCAGUAACUCGAACCGCAGCACGCCUGCCUGCUCCCCCAUCCUGCGCAAACGCUCCCGGUCUCCGACACCGCAGGACUCGCAAGGAGACGCCAUGGUGGAGAAAGGCUCAGACCACUCUUCAGACAAAUCCCCUUCUACGCCAGAGCAGGGUGUGCAGCGGAGCUGUUCCUCUCAGUCGGGUCGCAGCGGGGCCAAGAACUCCAAGAAAAGCCAGAGUUGGUAUAAUUGGACUUCAAAGCCAGAUUUUCCAGAGAAUUCAGCUCACCUUUCAACACGCAGAUGAAGUGCGCAGUGCCGACCUGCUCCCAUAUCAAACAGCAGCAGGUACUGGGAGCUGAGCACUUUUGAAAAUCUUGCCCUUGAACUCCAGCACCGUGGAUAAUGGUGCCUUUCACAAGCCCAGGAAAUGGUCAUGAUGCAAAUGAGUCACUGGACAGUUGUCCUUGUAGGUGCAUCGAAUAUUGUUGCCUAACAAGGAUUAAAGUCACAUUCCUUAUCUUAUAUAUUGAUCCGUCAAUGUAGAGUUCUCUGCAUCUAAGGAUAGAUUAAUAGAGAAGGGUAGUUGAAAUCCCUGACGUUAAAGUACCCACUUCUUUCUGCGAAGGGUUUGGCCCUGUCCUUUUCUUCCUUUCUGUGUGAUCUGACCCGACAUGAAAGCACCUGGCAGGGAAGUGCAGGGCUGAAGAAUUUUCAAACUAUGAGAUUUUUUUCUAGGGAAGGAAAGUUUCUUCUGGUUCCCCAUGGUCUAAACUCCCAUGCUCUGACUCAAAGUUGAUAUUGGCCUAGGAGUUUUCCUCCAUUUAGUAGCCCGUCCCUAUUUAGUAAAGCACUUAAAUACACACAUAAAUGGUUUUUUGACAACUGAUAGAGACUAGAUAUGAAUGCUGUGCUGAAUGGGGACAUCAUAAGCUCCUUAGUUCCCCAGUCCUCUGGUCUAGACUAGAUGCUAAGUCAGCUUUGACAAAUUCAUGUUGAUUCGCUUUUGCAGUUCCUCAUAAUUAGGUUCUCCGAGCUACCAGCCCCCACAAAAGGUGAAGAGGGUCUUUUCCUACCUUCCCAUUAACGUGUUGGCCAUCCAGAAUUAAGAUGAAAAACAAAUACCAUCCCAUCCCGUCCCCCCCCAAACCCCAAAACAUAGGGUGAUACCAGUAAGUGACUCGAAGUGAUCCUGCUAGGACUUCCUCUGCCACCACCUCCUCCUGCUUUUUCCCUUGGGUAUCUUUAGGGUCAUGUUAUCCUCGGGUAUCUCUAGGGUCACGUUAUCCUCUACCUGCAUUUGGGUACCCCUCGCUGCAGGGUGCUGGUUGAACGUUGGCAUUCAUUCAGGCAGGCUUUGAACCUGCGAGACGGAGCUCUGGUAUCCACGAUGGGUAACCCUGAUGGACCCAGAGUGAGGUGGCUUAGGACCCCGCUACUGGAGAAACCAGAGCCUAGACUCUGAGACGGUCAUAACAAGGACAACCCUGGUGGUAGCUGAGUGCCCAUGUCCGACAGCUCCCGUGUGUUGAGUUCUGUACACCCUGUCCUACAGCUCUAGCAUGAUCCAUGUGAAGUGAGUCGGCAGUCACAGAGAAGAGAUUGUGUUACAUUCAACAGGUACCGACAUGCAGGUCUUCUACUCUUUCUGCUGCACCUCUCCUCUUAGUAUCUCAGGGUGUAUUUAUAUGGCAAUCCCGAUGUGUGGUUGCAGCUCAUCUUAGACUUGCCCCUUGCUAGCUUUCAUGUAUCUAGUUCACAAGUGCUGACAGCCAUGACAGCACAGACUUCAGUGAUGGCCACACUGAGCCUGAACUUAGGUCAGUACUGGGUACCCGAAAUCCAUGUUGCCACACGUGCCCUGCUGUCAUGAUGCAAGCUGGUUAGUCUAGGCUGCCUGGGUAUGCCAAAAAUGCAGUCUGGAUUGCAGUGUGGACAAACCUGAAGAGGCUGCAAAUUGCUUUUUGCUCAUGUCUGGAGAAACAAGCAGGUUUUUUCUACCCUCCUCCACUAACUCAGCACACGUGUCUGGCUUUGCAAUUCUAUACCUGCUAAGCCUGUUGUCUCUCUAAAACCAAAUUCUUUUGCUGAUGAUUUUAGGUCUUAAAUGAGUUUUGUUUCAAAACGGCAACUCUUUGUGCCAGGGGUGGAACAUAGACCACGACAACUUCAAUGUGGAAGAGAACAUGGUGUAAUGAGUGUAGACAGGCAGAGGAAGUAGCAGAGGCAGUGACUAAACUCCCUUUGACUCUGUUGGCCAUAGGUAUGGGACCACUAUAAUAGGAGCUGGGCAGAAGCAAAGCCAGGAGCAAUCUAGAUAAGUCCCUCUGGGAAGUGGUGAGAGCAUGGGGAGAGGCAGGAUGGACAAGCAGGGUGGGAGCAAGCAUAGACGGGAGUCAGUAAGGAGGGCAGGGGGUUGUGUGAAGUAUUCAGAGCAGACAGACAUGCACAGAGAAGUUGAGUUACCUAGAGAUGCACACAGAGAAGGCAGCCAGGAAGAGUCCUAACUCCAAAUAUGAAGAAACCAUUGACUGUAGUUGUGUUUUAGUCGAGAGCUGCUUAUCUAUGUGGCUGCUGGGAGCCGUCCCUGCUUCAUGGUGCUUUGGCGUGAUCUGCUUCUAUGGUUCUCUUGUGUUUUGGUGCCCUCUCUAUCUUAUCUUUCUGUUCUUGUUUUUCCUCCAUAUGUUUUCAGCAUGAGAGACAGCACAUCCGGAGAGUAAGCACUGGCUGUAUUCUUUGUGGUUUUAUUUCUUUCCCUCGUUUUCCUUUCUCUGCUUUGUUCUAGUCCAUAGACCCAUUCUGGCCAGAUAAAAGUAGCCAUUUGGAAAUAGGGUUGGGCUACCCAAGCCCCAGGCAGGGAGUCAAUAGUGUUGUCAUUGUCAGAAAUGUCCUUCUGCAUUGGAUUUUCCCUCCCUGUAGAGCCACGCUUCCUGCCAGGAUUCUCCAGUGCUGACGACAGCCAGACACUUCCCCUUCCCAUCCCUACUGGAAGAGCCUCAUAAAGGAGGGUCCCUCUCCGGAGAUGGUGUAGACAGCCCACCUUUGAGUUGGCUUGCAAUUUAGCUACCACAGGAUAGUUUCUUUAAAUCCACUCACAUGCGCGCAAGCACAUAUGCACGUGCAGCGCACCUGUUCCUACCACGUGCACAUUCACUUGUGGAUCAGGAUUAUCAUUACACCUAGGAGGCACAGUCACAGCCAGGUGCUGCACAAACAUGAGACAGAGUCCCAGCCUUAGUCCUAUACUCCAUCUACCUGUUGAACUAUUAGCCUCAGCUGUGAAGGGAACAGCCCUAUUUCUGCUGCUUUUAACUGGUUUUCUUACGUUUACCCCACUUGACCCUUUGUCUCCUUUACAGUAGAGGUGGCUUCCUCCUAUAUCCCAUUUUCUCUUUUCUAAGACAUUAGCAACCUCCAGCUGUGAAUAUUUGCUUUGAUCGCUGUUCCUUUGCCUCCAAGCACGUGCUCUGGUUGGAUCCACCCAUGCUUUCCCAAACAGCUUGAUGGGGUGGGCGGGUGUUCAGAGUUUGUGAAGUUGUAGGCACCAAACUCAAAUAAUAGACAUGUCUUUUUCCUCCAUCCUAAGAGACCCUCCCUUCUUCUCUGCCCCCCAAAACAGGCAGGUGCCCAGUCAGUGAAUUAAGAUAACGGUGCCAGUUCAGGUUCAGUUCAAGUCUCCUCCUCGUGGGCUGGAUUUAGCAGUUUAAGUAGCCUGGCAUCUCCAGCUCCCAGCAACCUGUACUCUGUGGCUGUCUAAAAAGCCCCCCUGCCUGACCCUGGCCUCGUGGGACCAUCCCUCUGUAACCAGCAGCUUUAGGAGGUCACGUUGCUCAUAGCCAGGAGACUGGCACGGUGGCUGAACAACCUCUCCUGCGUUUGAUGUGGAUUAGGAAUAAAUGCCCGUGCUUUGCUCACAUCUUCUGGCUGGAGGAACGAGGAUUGGCUGCCGGGCUAGGUUCACUGGCAGUGGAGAGGAAGAGUCCCCUGAGGCAUUCACUGUGCUGUUAGUGAGGAACACCAGACCCAAGCCUCUGGCUUGUUAAAUUUGUAGACUUAAUGAAUUACAAUUCUAUCCCUAAGUGCCAGUCAGCCAGGCUUUAGGCUCUUGCAAGUCCAUGUUAGCCCUUGGGUGGUGCUCAGCGCCCCUGCUCUGGGCUUGCAUGUCUCCUUGAUAAAAAGGGGAGGUUAGGAGUAAGGAUGACUGAGUUGAGGAGUUGCCUGUGCAGCCUGCCUCAGCACUGGGCUCCUGAGGUACGGGAGCUUGUCAGUCUGUGUGCGUAUCCUAUACCCACCAAGGCCAGGGAGAAGUGAAGGAUGACUCGGAUCCAGGCACCGGGAAAGUUGGCUGGUGGAGCUGUACUGUUACAGCCAUCCCAGCUGAUUCUCCUAAUGAAGAUGUAGCCUGCACUGUCAAGUGAGAGUGGUUUUGCUGGCAUGGCUUAGUUAGGGUCCCUGGGCUAAGUAAGCUAUAAAAGCAGAAAGAACUAGGUAUUUGUUAGUGCAACUGUGCCUACACCGGGGCUUUAUCAGAAUACAAAUGCUAUGAAAAUUAUGUCACCUAAUUGGCAUGGCUACAAUGGCAACAGCUUUGAGCACACAGAUCCUCCCUGAGGCACGGAGGAAAAGGAGCUUCUAGCACCCAGUUUUGGAGAAAGCAGAGAGCAAUAAUGGACUGUUGUUGCCCCAGUAUAGAAAAAAGAGCGCUCAGACUUUCCUAUAUGCAGAGGAACGUGCUGGCACUGUGGGAGGGUUCCCAUAUCUAGAUAUAUUGAUGUGCUUUUCCUCCUCCCAAGCCCAUACAUCCCUCAUAAGAGUUAUGAGUAGUAAUCACUUGCAUGAGUUCACGGGCAGUGCACCUGGCAGCUCAUCAGCUUGGGCUGCAGUUAAAUAAAGAGGGUGGGAGAGGGGUCCCUGUUUUGGGCUAUCCCAUGUGCGAGUGCUGCGGUGGGCAUGAGGAGUCACCUUGCGGCUUUUUCUGUGCUCCAGUAUGCUUGGUUGGAGCCUUUGCCCCGUUGUGCAAUGCGGGUUGACUUGCCCCCACCUCUUGCCUUGAAGAAUGCUGUUUAGCAACACUGUCUUGUGAAAACGGCAUUGGAAAGGAAGCAAGAAGGUGGGGGAGGAGGGAGGAACAACAGGGAUGGCCAGUUCCACAUGGUCAAAAAUCAUGAACAGGGCUCUGAAAAUCAUGAGCGAUCUUUUUAAUCAUAGGGAAUAGGGCAGCAAUAGGAAACGGUGGAUUCAUUUUCUUCCUUGUAUGGUUUUUAAGGCUUCAGGUUGCAUGUUUUCAAGCUUCUCUUUGCAAACACCAGGGCUGAAAAUGAUUUUCUUUACGUGAGAGGUGUCAUUCUCCGGUAAUAACCUGACUCCUGGAGCAGAGUCUUUAAGGAAAAAUAAGCAGCUAAUAUCAAUAAAAUGGCAAGUGCUGGCAGCAGUGGGAGAGCAGAGAGUGAAGGGGGAGAGGUCAGGAAGCAGGGACAGGUGCGAAGCCACGUGCAAGGCAGAACUUGGAAAGUCGGGGUGCUAAUCCCUACAGAACGACGAUGGGCAUCAACCGGAGCUUGCAGACCCAGAGUCAGACUUGUCCAGCAUUCCUCCUCUUUGCAUCUGGAUUUGUGGUGCGGCCUGCCACAGGCUGACCCCAGCCGUGGAAUCAGGAUGCACUUCUAGUCCAAGAUUGGCAGUUUAGGGGGACAGGGUCUUAGUUUUGUUUUGAGCCACACCUGGCACAGAGCUUACCACAUGGGAGGGAGGUGGGCAUGGGAAUCCCCCACUUGGGAAGCAUCCCAGAGGUCAUCUCCUGCCCUUCUUGCACCCCAUGCAUGGGGCCCUAUUCCCUAGCGGGGCUUGGAGCAUCCCGUUUGUAUCCCCCAGACCUCAUGGUCAGAGCGGGGAUGUUGAGCGGCGCCAGGCUUCUGCUUUUUGUCUCUGCUUGACCAUAAAUCACUGGUGACCCGCCUCUCCCUAAAUAGGGUGCAUGCCCUCAGGGCUAUUCGCUGCCUGGUGCCAGAGAGUCGGGCCUUCUCCAGCAUUUCCAGCUGCUGCAUGUAGCAAGUGCGACUUCUGUAAAUGGCCUCCAAUGUGCAGAGAAGAGAGAGUGAAGGGGAUGCAGCAGAGCUGAAUAGUCCUCUCUGGAAACGGGUGGGGAAAAAGACUUAGAGAGGAAGGUGAUGUUCUGCAAGAAAGAGAGCAAACAGCACUGACUGGAGGGACGUGCGAGACCCGUGGGAUCUGCAGGGCUACUUGGAUCCCAGGGAUAGCUACCCCACAUGUCUGCGUGCCCUCAGAGUUUGUUCUGUGCAUACCUGCUUUCCUUUCCUUCUGUCUCCCCCCACCUCUGUCUGUGUUUGGCUUCGCUCUUCCUUAUUUCUCCAAUCUGCUUUCCCCUAUCGCUCACCCUUAACCGUACAUAUGGGCAGCAGAGAAAUGCAGGCAAGCUAUAAAACCAGUUUACAAUGAAAAAUCACCCACUACAUCACUCAAAUAGCCAGAGACACAUUUCACUUCCCUGCGAGACUUGCUGAAGAGACUUGGUGGCAGCACAACUCUGCCCAUUUGUCUUUAUGAAGGUAAAGUCUGUGCCACAGACGGCGGUAGGGGACAAAACCCUGACAGAAGCCCUGCAUUUGCAGUUCUCCAAACAAAUGCUGCACCCACACACAGAGGGAUAUUCCCAACAAUGGCUCCAGAGUAGACCUCUGCUGACAACUGAACAUGCAGCUUCUAGUACUGUCUCACGCACAGCCACGUGUGCCUCCCCUCAACACCGCGCACUAGGAGACUAGAGACGGGAACGUGCUGAGCACAGCUCUCUCUCGGGUCUGGACAACUCCUCCGUCCGUGCCCUGUUCUGUGCAGAGCGGUGUUCAGGAUAGGCCAGACCCUAGCAAAAUCAGUGCUCUGGUCCCAGGGAAGGACUGUUUGGGGGGAAAGGAAAUCUUGGCGUGCAGGCACAGGUUUGGUGGUAUAUGCCUCACCUUAGAGCAGCAUGCCACAGGAAGUGAUGGUGCAGCAUUCAGGAUUUCGGGGCUUGGAUACCCAAACCAAAAGUACAAACUGAGAGGUAGAAGGGCUUCUGAAAAGCUAAGCAGGGAUGAGAGUGGAAACCUCUCACUAGAGGAAUAGAGACUUUUUAUUAACCCAUACUGUGCUUCCCAGCAUGCCAAAAGGUAGCAUAAAAGAGAGAGGGGGACAGAGACUCCAGCUCUCGAAAAGACCAAAGGCCUUCCCCUUUCGAAAGAGAGGGGAACAAUUUUGAGAGGCAGGAAAGUGCUGGCACAGGCAGCUUCCUAGCAUGACAGCUUGAGCUACUGCCUCGGCAGCAGGCAGACAUGGUGCACGAAGCCCCUGCGCUCAAGAUGAGGCAGCAGUUCACUUAAUGAAGACCUGGUCUCUUUUUGGGUGUGAAUUGGCUGUUGCCAACCUGAGAUUUUUUUCUGAGAUAUAUUGCUGUUGUUUGAAAUGAUUCAUGCAGUCAUUCCUGCAAGGAAUUAUGGGUGCGCGCCUCGUUCACCAGCCAAUCAUCACCUGUUGGCGGUGUCCAGAAUUUGGGUUGCAUCGGGUACUUUUGACAUACCCUGCGGGCUAUGGGCAUAGUCUGUUCCCUUCCUGGAAGAAGUAGUGUGCAUCUGCACUUGCAAUUCAAUAAGCAUUAGCACAUUUUAGUGAACAUUAAAGCAUCACAGAAAAAGUUAAUUUUUGCUAAGUGCAAUAAAAUAGGCUAAUGCGCCUUUUUCUGGUACCUCACAGUGGAGGUACUAAAUGUAAUCAGCAUUACCUAAAGCACGUUAAUGAACAUGUAGGUGCACUCACAUACUGCUAACACCCAGGCUGUGGGCACAAACACUUGCAAUCCUGUAUUCAGCGUUUUCUUGCUACCCAAAGGCAUGAAUACUUACUUAGAAACCACCUGGCUUUUUUGCUGUCUGCACACUUCAUUGUUUCAUAGUAGUUAGGGGUCAGAAGGGACCUGAAUAGAUCAUCUAGUCUAACCCCCUGCCACUGGUUGGAGCACAUGCUGGGAUCACACGACCCCAGACAGGUGUUCAUCCAACCUCUUUUUGAAUUUACCCAAGGUAAAGCGUUCACUUGAAAAGCGUUCAACAUUUCUGCCAGGAGAUUCCUCCAUUGACAUGUUUGAGGAAAGCCCCAAGGGGUUGCAGACCCCAACUGAGCAUUGCAGAGCUCAUGCUGGAAACUUGUGUGGAUUUAAGGAUGGCAGCCAGGUCCCUUGUUGUUCAAGGGAGUAGCAACCAUAAUUUCCUCGGGUACUCAGGGGAAUAGGGCAGACCUUGUCUGUAGGAGUUGUCCGUUUCUGUCCAAAAGUCAGGUGAACCCUCCCUGCAGACUUAGGCGUGAAGCCAUCCUGGGGGAGCCCAAGCCCGUGAGGUUUCUCUCCGAGGAAUCCACCCUCCCCCCCGAUCUCCACCGUCACAUCCACCCCUCCCUCCUCCCCACGUCUCCAGUGCCAUCCUGUCCCAGCUCCCUGUGUUUGUGCUAGAGUUAAUGUUUACCAUCACCACCCCUACGUGGCUCCUGCUAUCGCUCCCGGCUGCUCCUGCUCUGCAGAAACAAACCCAUCAGCCAUGCGUGCGGGUUUAGGAAGUCAUUUCUCAUCCAGCUCCAGCAAAAUGUGCCAUUCAUUAAAGCGACCAGGGCCUCGCACUGCAGUUGCUUGCACCAUUGUAGAGCCUGGUUUGCAGUCCGCUCUAGAGCACGUAGGAGCAGGGGUUUCCAUAAAGGAAGCCUCCCCGGUUUGUGAUGGCAGAUGAGGCAUCUUGCUUCUCUCUUGUCAGCGCAGAGAUACAGCUGCAUGCGUGCUAACUUCUGCUUCAGAGCGUCUGUGGUGCGAGAGAUUACUGACUUAAAUGAAAGUUGCUUGCUUGUCUUUUCUAUCAGACAGUCGCAGCCUCUGGCCAUGAAAUUAAGUCUGCGCGCAAGCCUGGUUCCUCUGGCCUUGCAGAGUUGAGGCUUUUGAGGUGUACCUGUGCUCAGGCCUGUAGGGACUUGCAUCUUUUCUCUUUUCCUACCAUACCUACAUCCAGCUCCACAGGACCAGCAUCGGAGCUGAACAGGAGCUGUGUUUUAUGGGUUCCUUGCUAUGCGCUGCCUCUUUUUGCCUGUGCUGGAGUGGGGACAGGUAAAGAAGAUGAAGGGGCGAGGGUGGAUUUCAGAGAAAGGUCCAUCCAAUCCCUGAGGCUCUCAGAGCGCUCCUGGGGCAGUGUCCGAAGGAGAUCUUUGUCCUACUGCUUUGGGGAGUGAAUGAAGCCCGCAAGGCACCCUAGUUUUUCUGGGAUCGGAGGCAUUUUGGGUAAGAGAGCCCCAGACCAGUCCAGCUGUUUGGGUCUCACGUUGCCGAUUUCAUCAUCGCUGGGCUCAACAGGCCGGUCUCUCCUUCUCCUUUCCCCUCCCCCAAACACGCACCGUCCAACAGUUUUCCAUUACAGGAAACAUCUGUUAGGAGGCAGGGCUGAGCCCGGGUUACUGUCGGGCAUUGACCGACAGAAUUACCCAGAUACAGUAACUUAAAGCAUGUGCGAGUCAUUUUGGUAUCUCCCCACCCGCUCCUUCCAUGAGAAAAAUUAACAGAGACCAAAGCUGCCUUUCAGAGCAGAAAGGGGAUGGGAGCAGAGUGCCUGAGGCAGGCGCUGGCGAAACAAGAGUUCCCGCUUCUCUGAUAAGCAGGCUAGGUCUGCACGCCGCUUGCUGUGCAAUGCAGCACUGGAGCCAAAACUAGCCCGGUGUGGUCCUGCAAAUCCUGUGGUCCUACAGAUUGGGACGGGGCAAAUCAUCCAUCGUCCUGGGCAGCCCUGGCAUUUGGGCUUGGAUUUGUGAGCUCCUGCUGCCCAACAACCUCCUGCUCUGGACUGCUCUGGCACUUUCAGGAUACCCGCAGUGACAGGGCAGCAAGAGCGAAGCAGCGAGAAACCACAGGCGCCCAGGGAGCACUGGCCGAUAAGCUUCCCCUCAUGAGCCCCUUCUUCCAAGUCUCUUGGAGAGCUGUUCUUCUCUGGAGCUGCAGAGGCUGCUGGGGCAGAACAGCUGGAUGUCAGAAGAGAAGGGGAAGCCACGCAUCUCUCUACCAGGCUGCUGUUCUUGUGUCUUUCUGCUUUGAAGCUGAGCAAGCGCAAGCGACAGUGUGAACAGGAGACGGGAAGGGUUGGAGAGCGUGAAGGGAGCAAGCGAGUGCGAAGGAGGUGCAAUGGA